UUGGCUGUCCGACGGACAGGUUAUAAUUUAUUUUAUCAUUAGAAAUUGGGAAUAAAAAUUUAAAACAAAAAACAGACCAGUUUCAUUUCUUGACAUCGACAUCGUCUCCUGGCUCUAUGGUUGUCGCGACGCACAGACAUCUUCUCACGAGAAAACUCGUUAGAAGUUUUUUACUGCGUGGAAUAAACUCUCGCAUAAUCACGGGACUUGAACAUCAGUAGAUGGCUUCCAGAUGGUGCACAUUAUUGCGUCAUUGCAUCAGUUACUUUUGAGCAUUAAAAACGAUAUUUUGGGAUGUUUACAAUUUUCGGUGGUUAAGCUAGCCAAGUUGAAGAAUCGUAGUAUUUCUGCAGAGGGGACAGGUGGUUGGCUUUACAAGAACGUGGCAGUAGAGGAGAUAAAGACGAUGACAGGUAAGGGAAACUUUGACCGCUCUCGCACCCCUGCUGGACAAACUUUCAUUUUUUGAUACUUUUUAGAUACAUUUGGCGUUCAUUUAUUUGAGAGGGUACUGUGCAUAUAAAAUAGUGAAAAUGUCGCACGAAUUUCGGGCUUAAAAUGAAUUAUAAAAAGCAAACGAGUAUCAGUUCUUUCUUUUCCGAAACUGCUGAAGUUCCAGAAAAGAAAAAGAAAACAGAAAGUCAAGACCAGAAGAAGAAAUACGAAGAUAAACGUGUUAGAGGGUGGGUUUCCACAUGGCCGAUGAAAUUCCCAGGAUUGGUGAAUACAGAUCGGGGGAUGGUGUGUACUUUCUGUAGGCAGUUCCCUGCCCUAGCUGGUGACACUGUGAUGGUCACUGGAUGCAAAUCUUACAGAGUGGAAAGCCUUUGUGGACAUUUUUCAUCUCAAACACACAUGCGUUGUGUGAAGGCUGCUGCAGUGCAGAAGAGGAUUGAAGCUGGUCGUUGUGCUGGUCCUCUAGAUCAAAUUGUAAACAAACUUGGAGAGCAUCACUACAGCCUCGUAAAGAAGCUGUUCAACACAGCUUACUGUGUUGUGGUAAAUGAAAUGCCAUUUACCACCUUUCCCAACCUCCUCAAAUUACAAAUUAAGAAUGGGUCAGAUUUGGAUCAGCUCAUCUCCUACCAGUCCGAUAAAGCCUGUGCUCGGUGUGUAUCACUGAUUAAUUAA